AUGACUAGAAAAGAAGAUUCGUCUUCAACCUCGGUCACGACCGAACCCAAACACCUUCAUCCCGUUUACUCUGUCACCAAUAUACACAACAAAAUCCGCACUCUCGAUGGUGAGAAGGUCACAUAUUCUGCCUGGGUUAAGUUAUUCCGUCUCCACGCAAAAGGCUAUGAGGUCCUAAAACACAUCGAUGGUACUGAACCACCUGCUAAAGACGACGAGGGUUACGACUCUUGGGCUAAGGUGGAUUCCAUCGUGUUGCAAUGGAUAUAUGGAACCAUCUCGGACGAUCUUCUUGUCCGGAUCUUGGAUGACCACACGACUGCUCAACAAGCGUGGAACAAGUUGCAAUCAAUUUUUCAGAACAACAAAAACUCCCGAGCAUCGUCUCUGUUACAUGCUUUCACUAACACUACUUUGGCCUCAUGCGCCCCUCUCAAAGAGUACUUCCAUAAAUUGAAAGACAUGUCCGAGCAACUCAAGGAUGGGGAUCAACCGGUCACCGAGUCGAGGUUAGUAUUGCAAAUGGUUCAAGGUCUACCACCUGAAUAUGACACGACCGCAUCAUUCAUUAAUCAAUCUUCUAACAUUUCAUGGGAUGAUGCGCGUGACAUGAUUGAGCGUGAACAACGAAGACAGGCGGCUCGUCAACAAACUGCUCUCAUGGCUCCUCGUGGACCGUCUACUUUUGCCGGGUCCCAACCGAAUCAGACACCUCCACAACAACCCUUUACUCCCUCAUAUCAAACACCUCCGCCACCCUCCUAUAACCCCGCCCAACAAUACGAACAAUAUCAUCGAGGAGGCCGCGGACGCGGUCGCGGUAGAAAUACCUACCGUGGAGGCCGUGGUCGCGGGCACAAUAACUCCUACAACUACACACCCACUGGAUACCAAUCCCCACCACCCACCGGCACCUACGGUUGGUGGAACUCACCACCGCCCCCAUGUCCUUAUCCUUCCCAGUCUCCUUGGACAACUUACUGGUCCAGACCACCUCCACAAACAUCCAACCCACCAGCCCCACAACCCAACCAACCCAAUACACCUUACGGCCCACCUCCCGGUUACGGGUUAACAGCCCAGCCGGCCCAACAACCACCAGCAGCCUAG